AUGGCCCAAAUUUUCCAAGCGAAUCCGCGCAAUGCGGGCCCCUUUAUCGGCGGCAACCGCAUCACGGGCUCUGAUGUUCGCGACCAAAAUGUGCUUGCAGUACAGAGAAUUGCUAAUAUCGUAAAGUCCUCGCUCGGUCCUGUCGGAUUGGACAAAAUGCUUGUGGAUGACAUUGGCGACGUGACCAUCUCGAACGACGGUGCCACUAUCCUGCAGCUAUUGGAAGUUGAACAUCCUGCAGCGAGGAUCCUUGUCGAACUUGCGCAGCAGCAGGACAAGGAGGUCGGCGACGGAACGACCUCGGUAGUCAUCCUUGCCGCCGAGCUUUUGCGCCGCGCAAACGACCUGGUAAAGAACAAGAUCCACCCCACGACAAUUAUUACUGGAUACCGCCUUGCAUGUCGCGAGGCUAUCAAGUACAUCCAGGAACAGCUCGCGGUAAAAGCUGAUGCGCUUAACAAGGAGAGUUUGCAGAACAUCGCCAAGACGAGCAUGUCGAGCAAGAUCAUCGGCAGCGACGACGACUUUUUUGCACAGCUUUCCGUGGACGCAAUGCAGGCAGUCAAGACGGUAAACGGGCGUGGGGAAACCAAGUAUCCCGUCAAAGCCGUGAAUGUGCUCAAAGCGCACGGCAAGUCGAUGCGCGAAUCCAUGCUCAUUAAUGGAUACGCUCUCAACUGCACGGUCGCGUCGCAGGCAAUGAAGACGCGCAUCACGAACGCCAAGAUCGCAUGCUUGGACAUCAACCUUGUCAAGCAACGCAUGCAUAUGGGCGUCCAUAUCACCAUCGACGACCCCGAGCAGCUGGAGAAAAUUCGCGCACGCGAGAGCGAAAUGGUACUCGAGCGUGUGCACAAAAUUCUUGCUGCAGGCGCGAAUGUCGUACUGACUACAAAAGGCAUCGAUGACCUGUGCCUCAAAGAGUUUGUGCAGGCAGGCGCAAUGGCCGUGCGCCGCUGCCGCAAGGAGGAUUUGCGCCGCAUUGCAAAGGCGACCGGCGGCCAGUUUGUCAACAGCCUCGCUAACUUGGAUGGGGAUGAGGUUUAUGACGCGAGCAGCUUGGGUCAUGCGGAAGAGGUUGUCCAAGAGCGGAUCAGCGACGAGGAGCUGAUCCUUGUGCGUGGCCCCAAGGCGUACAGCUCGAGCUCUAUUAUUUUGCGCGGAGCCAAUGACUUUCUCCUGGACGAAAUGGAGCGUGCGCUGCAUGACAGCUUGAAUGUGAUCAAGCGCACGUUGGAGACCAACUCGGUGGUGGCUGGCGGCGGCGCCGUCGAAACCGCCUUGGAUAUCUACUUGGAAAACUUUGCCACGACGCUUGGCUCGCGCGAACAGUUGGCCAUUGCUGAGUUUGCACAGGCGCUGCUUGUUAUUCCCAAGACACUGGCUGUGAAUGCGGCCAAGGACAGCACGGACCUUGUCGCCAAGCUCCGUGCGUACCACACAGCCGCACAAAAUGCGGGCGUCGACGACCCGAAAAAGACGCUGCGCUUUUUUGGCCUGGAUCUCUUGAAUGGCACUGUGCGCGACAAUAUGCGUGCUGGUGUCCUUGAGCCGACUGUGAGCAAACUGCGCAGCUUGAAGAGCGCACUUGAGGCAGCGACAAGUCUACUGCGCAUUGAUGACGCAAUUACAAUUCCCCCAGAGCAGCCGCGCGAGGAUCCGCACGACCAUAUGUAG